AUGUACAUCACUCUCUACUUCCUCGUCACCCGCCUCCCUGACUCUCUUUGCGCAAUCAGGGACCUCUUUCUCGCCCUUGACCCCACAGACCUCACUGUCGACCUGCUCGAGAAGCAUCUUCUUGCAACUGAGACUAGCAUAGUCACUGUAGCUGCUUCUCGUGGCACUCCUCGCACUCCCUUCUUUGAGGGGUGUUCCCCCUCCCCCCUUGCCCCCUCUGUCGCUUCUGCUGCUGCUGUUGACUUCCUUCGUGCUGAGGAGGUCGGGGCUGCGUCUGCUCCUAGUGGGAGGCGCCGCAGCGGCAAGGGCAAGGGAGGCAAGAGUGGUGGGGUUGGCACCAGUGGAGGCGGUGGUGGAGGCGGUGGAGGCGGUGGAGGUGGCGGUGGUGGCGGUGGGAGUGGUGGUGGGGGUGGAGGAGUCGGUGGCGGCGGUGGUGGUAGCCGUUGGAGUGGUUGCGGCGGUGGUGGCAGCAGUGGGAGUGGUGGCGGCGGCAGUGGUGGCGGCAGUGGUGGCAGUCGUGGUGGAGCGGUCCAGAGGGGAGGUUCUGGCGGUGGCCAGAGGCAGCAGCAGCAGCGUCCGCGCGAGACCCUUACGCCCCAGCAGCUUCGUGAGUGGUUUGCUCAGCGUGGGGCGUCUGGGGGUAGUAUUUGCUGCUCGUACGUCAUUCGCAUAGGUGAUCGGGCUGGUCAGACAUGCGGGAAGGUUGGUCACACACAGUUUUGCUGCUUCUCCCAUCUUGACGACGCCUAG